CCCAUUCUCCACCAGUCAGCAGUGACGGGAGACAGGAGCGGUUGCCAUGAGAACCACGGUCGCCCGGAUGUGAGAAGAUGCCGGCCGGAGCUGCCAGCGAUCGCCCGGUGCCUCAUCAGUGACAUGGGGGGCGGGUAGGAGAGGGGCCGGACGGAAGAGUGUGCGCGGCUCGGUGCGGGAUCUCGGCUUUCUCUGGAGGGGGCAAGGAUGGACGAGCCGGGGGAGCUCGGUGGAGGGGCGAACUAUGCAAGUAGCAGGCGACCUCCACUUGCUGUUGACGGGUCAAGCCUCCAGUCCAGGGAUCCAGCACCAUCCAAGCAGACAGUCCUAUCUUGGCAAGCUGCGAUCGAUGCUGCCAGACAGGCCAAGGCGGCCCAGAACAUGAGCACUGCUGAGCCCCUGCCGGUUGGAUCUCUGUCACAGAAAAAACGGCAGCAGUAUGCUAAGAGCAAGAAACAAGGGGGCAGCUCGACCAACAGACCAGCCCGUGCCCUUUUCUGCUUGUCUCUCAAUAACCCAAUCCGGAGAGCCUGUAUCAGUAUAGUAGAAUGGAAACCAUUUGACAUAUUUAUAUUAGUGGCGAUUUUUGCCAAUUGUGUGGCCUUAGCUGUUUACAUCCCAUUCCCUGAAGACGAUUCAAACUCCACCAACCACAACCUGGAAAAAGUAGAGUACGCCUUCCUCAUCAUUUUUACCAUUGAAACCUUUUUGAAGAUAAUAGCAUAUGGACUAGUAAUGCAUCCCAACGCUUAUGUCCGAAAUGGAUGGAACUUACUGGAUUUUGUCAUAGUCAUUGUAGGAUUGUUUAGUGUAGCUUUGGAGCAACUUAAUUUUGGUACCAAAGAAGUUGAAGGAGGAACUCAGUCGACUGGGAAAUCUGGUGGUUUUGAUGUGAAAGCUCUACGAGCCUUUCGUGUGUUACGUCCCCUUCGAUUAGUGUCUGGUGUGCCCAGUUUACAAGUUGUCUUGAACUCCAUAAUUAAAGCCAUGGUUCCCCUGCUGCACAUCGCUCUUUUGGUCCUGUUUGUUAUUAUUAUUUAUGCUAUUAUUGGACUAGAGCUUUUUGUCGGGAAAAUGCACAAAUCCUGUUUUUCCAUUGGCUCUGACAUGCUAGCCGAAGAUGAACCUGCGCCCUGUGCAUUCUCAGGGAACGGGCGCGUUUGUCCUGUAAAUGGUUCAGAAUGUAAAAGCGGAUGGGCCGGACCUAAUGGGGGAAUAACCAAUUUCGAUAACUUUGCCUUUGCAAUGUUAACUGUGUUCCAGUGUAUUACCAUGGAGGGCUGGACUGAUGUUUUAUAUUGGAUGAAUGAUGCUAUGGGAUUUGAAUUGCCUUGGGUUUAUUUUGUCAGUCUCGUCAUCUUUGGGUCAUUUUUCGUGCUAAAUCUUGUUCUUGGUGUGUUAAGCGGGGAGUUUUCCAAGGAAAGAGAGAAGGCAAAAGCCAGAGGUGACUUUCAAAAGUUACGUGAAAAGCAGCAGCUGGAGGAGGAUUUGAAGGGUUACCUGGACUGGAUCACGCAAGCUGAAGACAUCGACCCCGAGAAUGAUGAGGAGGGUGAUGAAGAGUGCAAGCGCAAUAUGAGUAUGCCAACCAGCGAGACAGAAUCCGUAAAUACCGAAAAUGUUGGUGCGGAAGGAGAGAAUACCGGGUGCUGUGGCACUAUGUGUCAGUCCAUUUCCAAGUCUAAAUUCAGUCGACGCUGGCGUCGGUGGAACCGGUUUAAUCGGAGAAGGUGCCGAGCUGCAGUGAAAUCUGUGUCCUUUUACUGGCUAGUUAUCAUCUUGGUCUUUCUCAAUACACUGACUAUCUCAUCGGAGCACUACAAUCAGCCUGAGUGGCUGACCCAAAUACAAGACAUCGCCAAUAAAGUCCUCCUGGCUUGUUUCACCUGUGAGAUGUUAGUGAAGAUGUACAGCCUGGGCCUUCAAGCCUACUUUGUCUCUCUGUUCAAUCGCUUUGACUGCUUUGUGGUGUGUGGCGGCAUCACCGAAACCAUCCUAGUGGAGCUGGAGAUUAUGUCACCUUUGGGGAUAUCUGUGUUUCGAUGUGUCCGACUCUUACGGAUCUUUAAAGUCACCAGGCACUGGGCUUCCCUCAGCAACCUUGUAGCAUCGCUCUUAAACUCCAUGAAAUCCAUUGCUUCCUUAUUGCUCCUUCUUUUCCUCUUCAUCAUCAUUUUCUCUCUUCUUGGAAUGCAAUUAUUCGGGGGCAAGUUUAACUUUGAUGAAACGCAGACGAAAAGAAGCACCUUCGAUAACUUCCCCCAGUCCCUCCUGACGGUAUUCCAGAUCCUAACAGGAGAAGACUGGAACGCUGUGAUGUAUGAUGGGAUCAUGGCGUAUGGCGGGCCAUCUUCUUCAGGGAUGAUUGUGUGUGUAUACUUCAUCAUACUGUUUAUCUGUGGUAACUAUAUUCUGCUCAAUGUCUUCUUGGCCAUUGCUGUGGAUAAUCUGGCGGAUGCAGAGAGCUUGAACACUGCACAGAAAGAAGCUGCGGAGGAAAAGGAGAAGAAAAAGAGCGCGAGGAAAGAAAGUCUGGAAAACAAGGAGAUUGAAAAGGCGGAGAAUGAUCGGAAAAAAGCGAUCGAGUCAAAGGUAUCGGUUGAUGAAGAAGCGGAAGAUCAAAAGGAACAUAAUGAUCCAGAUGAGGAAGAUGAAGAUGAACCAGAAGUACCAGCAGGUCCUCGUCCACGUAGGAUGUCCGAGCUAAAUAUGAAAGAGAAGAUAACCCCAAUUCCGGAGGGCAGCGCCUUCUUUAUUUUCAGCAACACUAACCCGAUUCGUGUGGGCUGCCACAAGCUUAUUAACCAUCACAUCUUCACCAACCUCAUCCUAGUGUUUAUAAUGCUGAGCAGCGCGUCACUAGCAGCCGAGGAUCCCAUCCGCAGCCAUUCAUUCCGGAAUAUAAUUCUUGGUUACUUUGACUAUGCUUUCACAGGAAUCUUUACCGUUGAAAUCUGCUUAAAGAUGAUGACCUUCGGAGCGUUUCUCCACAAAGGCGCUUUCUGCAGAAACUAUUUUAAUUUACUGGAUUUAUUGGUCGUCGGGGUUUCGCUGGUUUCCUUUGGGAUUCAGUCAAGUGCUAUAUCUGUGGUCAAGAUCCUGAGAGUUCUGCGGGUGCUCCGACCCCUGAGAGCCAUUAACAGGGCAAAAGGCCUAAAGCAUGUCGUCCAAUGUGUGUUUGUCGCCAUCCGAACUAUCGGUAACAUCAUGAUUGUGACCACUUUGCUACAGUUCAUGUUUGCUUGUAUUGGCGUUCAGCUGUUUAAGGGCAAGUUCUACCGAUGUUCAGAUGAAGCAAAGCAGACGCCAGAAGAGUGCAAGGGAAAGUACAUUGUGUAUAAGGAUGGCGACGUCAACAGCCCUUCUAUCCGAGAGAGACACUGGAAUAACAGUGAAUUCAAUUUUGAUAAUGUUCUGUCGGCCAUGAUGGCACUCUUCACAGUUUCCACCUUUGAGGGAUGGCCAGCACUCUUGUACAAGGCCAUCGAUUCCAACGGGGAAAAUGUCGGCCCCAUCUACAACAACAGAGUGGAAAUCUCCAUCUUCUUCAUCAUCUAUAUCAUCAUCAUUGCUUUCUUCAUGAUGAACAUAUUCGUGGGUUUCGUUAUCGUCACAUUUCAAGAACAGGGAGAGAAGGAAUACAAGAACUGUGAGCUGGACAAGAACCAGCGACAGUGUGUGGAGUAUGCACUGAAAGCCCGUCCUCUCAGAAGAUACAUCCCCAAGAACCCCUACCAGUACAAGUUUUGGUAUGUCGUCAACUCCACUGGGUUUGAGUACAUCAUGUUUGUUCUCAUCAUGCUGAAUACACUGUGCUUGGCUAUGCAGCAUUACGGACAAUCGAAAAUCUUUAAUGAUGUCAUGGACGUGAUGAAUAUGGUCUUCACUGCCGUCUUCACUGUAGAAAUGGUUUUGAAACUUAUAGCUUUCAAACCGAAGAUUUGUGUGCCCAAAAAAAAACGUUGGCUCGGUUAUUUUAGUGAUGCCUGGAACACCUUUGAUUCACUCAUCGUUUUCGGCAGCAUAGUAGACGUGGUCCUCAGUGAAGCUGAUAAAUUUCUACAGAGCUCAGAAGACAGCGCCCGCAUCUCAAUCACUUUCUUCCGACUAUUCAGAGUCAUGCGACUCGUGAAACUUCUAAGCAGGGGCGAAGGGAUCCGAACGUUGCUGUGGACAUUCAUAAAGUCCUUUCAGGCUUUACCGUACGUCGCCCUCCUUAUCGCCAUGUUGUUUUUCAUCUAUGCUGUGAUUGGCAUGCAGGUUUUUGGUAAAAUAGCCAUGAGGGAUAACACCCAGAUUAAUAGGAACAACAAUUUUCAGACCUUUCCACAAGCGGUCCUGCUGUUAUUCAGGUGUGCCACGGGCGAGGCCUGGCAGGACAUCAUGCUGGCAUGCUUGCCAGGAAAGCUCUGUGACCCCGAUUCAGAUUUCAGCACUGGAGAGGAGUACACAUGUGGGAGCAACUUUGCCAUUGUCUAUUUCAUCACAUUUUACAUGUUGUGUGCAUUCCUGAUCAUCAACCUGUUUGUGGCCGUCAUCAUGGACAACUUUGACUACCUGACUCGCGAUUGGUCCAUACUGGGUCCUCAUCACUUGGAUGAAUUUAAAAGAAUAUGGUCUGAAUAUGAUCCAGAAGCCAAGGGAAGAAUUAAACACCUGGACGUGGUCACUCUGCUCCGCCGCAUUCAGCCGCCUCUGGGCUUCGGGAAAUUGUGCCCUCACAGAGUGGCUUGUAAGAGACUGGUGGCCAUGAAUAUGCCACUGAAUAGUGAUGGGACCGUCAUGUUUAAUGCCACCUUGUUUGCUUUGGUUAGAACUGCCCUGAAAAUCAAAACUGAGGGUAAUCUAGAACAAGCCAAUGAGGAACUCCGAGCCGUCAUCAAGAAGAUAUGGAAGAAGACAAGUAUGAAGCUUCUGGACCAAGUAGUGCCCCCUGCAGGCGAUGAUGAGGUAACCGUGGGGAAGUUCUAUGCCACCUUCCUGAUACAGGACUACUUUAGGAAAUUCAAGAAACGCAAGGAACAAGGACUGGUGGGAAAGUACCCUACAAAGAACUCCACUGUGGCACUACAGGCUGGACUUCGGACACUUCAUGACAUUGGCCCUGAAAUCCGCCGAGCAAUAUCAUGUGACCUGCAAGAUGACGAGCCGGAGCAAAACAACCAUGAGGAGAAAGAAGAAGAUAUAUACAGGAGAAAUGGAGGUCUAUUUGGAAACCAUGUCAAUCAUGUGGUCAAUGACAGACGUGAAGCCUACCAGCAAACUAAUACCACGCGGCGUCCCCUGCAUGUGCAGCGCCCAUCAAUACGCUCUGCCAGCGACACUGACAAGUCUGCAUAUUCCCACACUGGAAACUCCAUACAUCACAAUCACCAUAACCAUGAAUACUCUGGGAAACAUGUAUCCAACUCCACAAAUGCCAACCUAAACAACGCCAAUGUUUUCAAACCUAUGAACGGGAAACACGCCAGUCUGUCAGCCCACGAUCACACAUCUCAGAACGGUUACUACACUUACUCUAGAAAUGACUACGAGAAACCUCGAAAGUCCAGCAUCAAGAGAUCAGAGUCCGGAGAAAGGAACUUGCCUGUUAUCUUCCGUGAAGAUCCUGACUUCUUGGACUACAGUGAGGAUCCUUACCUAGGGGAACCAGAGUACUAUAGUGGAGACGAGUGUUAUGAAGAGGACACCAUGCUCUCUGAAGACAGGCAACUGUAUGCGGAGCCGUCGUUGUAUUCAGCCAGCGAUUUAGACUAUGAGAGACCCAAAGGCUACCACCAUCCCCACAGCUUUUUUGAAGAAGAUGAUCCCCAGAUAUGUUUUGAGUCAAGGAAAUCACCGAGACGGAGAUUACUACCUCCAACUCCUCCAUCAAACAGAAGAUCGUCAUUUAAUUUUGAAUGCCUUCGAAGACAAAGUAGUCAGGAUGAGAUACCUCUGUCCCCGACGUUUCAUCACCGCACGGCACUGCCCCUACAUCUAAUGCAGCAGCAGAUUAUGGCGGUAGCUGGCCUGGACCCCAGCAAAGCUCAGAAACAUUCGCCUUGUCGCUCUACUCGGUCUUGGGCUACUCCACCGGCAACUCCGAACCAAAGGGACCGCACCUCAUUCUACACCCCCCUCAUCCGGGUGGACCGCGCCGAGUCUAAGGAGCACAUGAAUGGGAGCCUCCCGUCCUUGCAGAGAAGCUCAUGGUACACAGAUGACACAGAUAUUUCAUAUAGGACAUUUACACAAUCCAACCUGACUGUGCCCAACGACUUCAGGAACAAACAGAGCGACAAACAGAGGAGCGCAGACAGCCUUGUGGAAGCUGUGCUAAUCUCGGAAGGUUUGGGAAGAUACGCUCGAGAUCCUAAAUUUGUGUCUGCCACCAAACAUGAAAUUGCUGAUGCUUGUGACAUGACUAUCGACGAGAUGGAGAGCGCAGCCAGCAAUCUCCUGAAUGGCAGCAUUCGUAACGGGACAGCAGGGGGCGAUAUGUUCCCCAUCCUAAGCAGGAGAGACUAUGAUCUUCAAGACUUUGGCCCUGGGUACAGUGACGAGGAGCCGGAGACCAAUAAAUAUGAAGAAGAUCUAGCUGAUGAAAUGAUUUGUAUAACGACGUUAUAGCAUUUAACGAAAAACACUUAGGAUUCUAUAAAACAACAACAACUAAAAAAAAAAAAGUGCCUCUCAAUUCCUGAUGGACGGCACUAAACCAGAAGACUGACCAGUCAAGCCAUGGAUGGGGCACAGCGUCCUGGCACAUCUGUUGCUGGUAGACUACAAAGCCCAGUGGCCAGGUCCUGGAGGAUGGCUUCGAGAACUGGAUGGAGAAGUGGAGAUGGAGGAGGAUCAAACCAUAUUGUGUUAUAUGUGAACAGUAUGCCGCAUGGUGCACCUGAAUCAGUGAUGCAAAUGUGUGAUAUAUGGUGAUGACAAUCAAAAUGCCCUCGUCAUUACCCUCAGCCAUACACAUCAUAUCAGAUAUCUGAUCGCUUCUGUCACGUCUUUUACCAGCGGUGGUCAGGCCCUGUUGUCUUCUGCAGUCUCACCCUCCUCUAUGGAGCGGGGUAUGGGUGCGCACGGGAUGAUCACCCCUGGAUAGUGUGAAGUUACCUUUACCUAGAGGAUAUAUCAUUUCAGUAGUCAACUUUUUUUUUUUACUAUUACCUAAAGGGCAAAUGACACUGGAAUAGCUGCAAAUAAUGCACUGACACCCAGAAUUAAGUCAGUAGGUUUUCUGUAAAUGACCUGUAAUAUACGACUAUUUGUAAAGAGAUGUUCUAUAUUUUGUAAUCCUUUGCGGUAAAUCGAGCUGCAGCAAUAUCUACCGGGUUCUGAGUUUAUGUCGUUCUCCACAAAGAUUAGCAAUGCAAUUAUUAUUAUUUUUUCUGCCAUUCCAUAGAGAUCUACUGUAAAACAAUCUAUUCAUAGACACGGAAAAGGUUCAGAUUUUCAAAUCAAAAAUUUAUGAAGAAAUUUUUAAAAAUACAAAUAUUUUAUGUCCAAAGAAAUAUUCUAAACAGAGAAGAUAUGCAAUUAUUAGAGUGAUACGAAAUGAGUGGUUGAGGUUUUUUUUUUUCAUGUGAUGUUGAGCUGUGAAACUUUUUAAAUCUGCAAUGAAACUUUUACCAAAAACAUUUUUUUAGGUUAAUUUUC